GGAAACCAUGGAUGAUGAGCCACGGCGCUUCUUUGGUCCAAGUAGAGAUGUGGCAGCCCCAACGGAUGGCCCUGCACCUCCACGACUCGGGGAUCCAUUGUCGCCCACAGAUGCAGAAGCACUGAUGGCGGUGGUGGGGCCUCCAGAACUCCCUGAAGCCUGGAAACAAGGCUUUUUCUUUGCCGGCUACCAGCCCUACGGCUUACAGCAGGUGAAUGGCGGUCCCUGUGGCGUGCUGGCGGUGAUCCAGGCCUUUGUGAUCCGAGCCUUGCAUAUCCGAGCGCCCAGUCCGGGGGCACUGCUGGAGGUCGAUGAACAUCUUCGACAAGAAGCCUUGCUGGAUGCCCUGGCCGAAGUGCUCUUCCGGAAUGUGGGAGACAACAAGAAGGCCAUUGUCCUGCUCCCCAGUUCGUCCACGGCAUGUGUUUUAAGCGGGUCACAACUGCGAUGUUUGCAGCCUGCUUUGUUCACCUCCUAUGACCAGCUGAGACAUCACCUGGGUCAAAGGCCUUAUAGAGACAUCUUCUUAAAUCCCUCGGGCUGUGGAGUUCCGCUGUACCUUUUCUCCAUGGUUUGGACGCGGGGCAUCGAAGGGUGCCGAGAACGAGACUUUGAUGAUCCCAAGAGUGGGGCGAUGAUUGGUGGCCAUGGAUACUGUACCCAGGAACUGGUGAACCUCAUGAUGUUCGGCCGAGCCUACAGCAAUGUCUUCGAUGGCACAAAGCGUUUGGGAAGCGCCAAGGACGGUUGGAUGGUGUUGCAAGGGGCACCGCGUCGGCCGAACAUUGGAUUUCUUUCCCUCUUCGAAGCCUAUCAAUGCAUUGAGGUGGGCUCGCGCUACAAAGGACCAACGUGUCCAAUUUGGGUCGUUUGUGCAGAGUCUCACUACACCGUUCUCUUUUCCGCCGACGCUGCGGUGAAUCCGCAGGAGUCAGACAAGGCUUUGAAUUUGUUCUACUUCGACCAGUUGGCUCGACAAUCCGAACGCAUUCGCCUGACGGUGAUGCCCAAACAGCUGCCACCGCAUCUCAGUACCGGUUUCGAGGACAGCGAGUCCAUGAUCGAUCGGUGCAUCCGAACCAAGUGGAAGGAAGCCUCGGUGGAUUGGAAUGGCAGUGAAGUGAUUCUGUGAUUCACGGAGCGCUGAGGAAAA